UCAGAAAAAAAUCCCAAAUCGCCACCCCUCUUUCCCCCAACCCCAAACCCUAAUCGGAAUUUGUGUCCGAUCAGUUAGAAUCAGUAAAGAUGGUGCUCGCGGAAUUAGGUGGAAGCAUUUCGCGUGCUCUUCAGCAGAUGAGCAAUGCGACGAUCAUUGAUGAGAAGGUUUUAAAUGAUUGCCUCAAUGAGAUUACGCGCGCUCUCCUUCAAGCUGAUGUUCAGUUCAUGCUCGUUCGCGAUAUGAAGAACAAUAUCAAGAAAAUCGUCAAUCUCGAAGAGCUAGCUGCCGGCCAUAACAAACGCAGAAUUAUCCAAGAGGCUAUUUAUAACGAGCUAUGCAAGAUAUUGGAUCCCGGGAAACCUUCCUUUGCUCUAAAAAAAGGGAAAACUAGUAUUGUUAUGUUCGUUGGUCUGCAAGGGUCGGGGAAAACUACUACCUGUACAAAAUAUGCAUACCAUCACCAGAAGAAGGGAUGGAAACCUGCCCUAGUUUGUGCAGAUACAUUCAGAGCUGGUGCAUUUGAUCAGUUGAAGCAGAAUGCCACUAAAGCUAAAAUACCUUUCUACGGAAGCUACACAGAGUCUGAUCCAGUGAGAAUUGCAGUUGAAGGGGUUGAAAGAUUUAAGCAGGAAAAUUGUGAUCUCAUAAUCGUUGAUACUAGUGGACGUCACAAGCAGGAAGCAGCUCUUUUUGAAGAGAUGCGUCAAGUUUCUGAAGCAACGAAACCAGAUCUUGUUAUAUUUGUCAUGGACAGCAGUAUUGGUCAAGCUGCCUUUGAUCAAGCUCAGGCAUUCAAGCAAAGUGUUGCGGUUGGAGCUGUGAUUAUCACUAAGAUGGAUGGGCAUGCUAAGGGAGGUGGUGCUCUUAGUGCGGUCGCAGCAACAAAAAGUCCAAUCAUAUUUAUCGGGACGGGAGAACAUAUGGAUGAGUUUGAAGUAUUUGAUGUCAAACCAUUUGUUAAACGUCUUUUAGGUUUCGGUGAUUUGUCUGGAUUCAUGGACAAAAUUCAAGAAGUUGUUCCUAUGGAUCAACAGCCCGAGCUUCUCCAGAAGCUUUCAGAAGGCAACUUUACUUUGAGGAUUAUGUACGAGCAAUUUCAGAAUAUACUUAAAAUGGGUCCUAUCGGUCAGGUGUUCUCCAUGCUUCCAGGAUUUAGCCAAGAGUUGAUGCCCAAAGGUCGUGAAAAGGAAAGCCAGGCCAAGAUUAAAAGAUACAUGACAAUGAUGGACUCAAUGACUAAUGAAGAAUUGGACAGUUCGAAUCCGAAGCUGAUGAACGAAUCUCGAGUAAUGCGGAUAGCGAGAGGAUGUGGUCGUCCAGUAAGGGAUGUAAUGGAAAUGUUGGAAGAGUACAAACGGCUGGCGAAGAUUUGGAGCAAGAUGAAGGGUUUGAAGAUUCCAAAGAAGGGAGAAAUGAGUGCUUUAUCGAGAAAUAUGAACGCACAACACAUGAGUAAGGUACUUCCUCCUCAGAUGCUGAAGCAGAUUGGUGGAAUGGGCGGCUUGCAAAGCUUGAUGAAGCAAAUGGGCUCUUCUAAGGAUAUGAUGGGUAUGUUUGGCGGUGGAGAUAAGUAGAUUAGUGC